AUGUGCAGCAGCAUUACUUUUGUUUUAAUUCGAGAGGGUCAUCGAUAUAUAAAUGAAGACAGCGAAGAGGCCUUUCUCUUUAAAGAACAAAUAAGUAAUGUGCUGCAGCAUCUAUCUGCAUGCAGCCAUAUUCACCCCGCUAUAGAGACUGCGAGAAGAGAGCUUGAAGAAGCUCUUAGGUCGCUGCUGCAACAGCAGCAGAAGCAGCAGCAGCAGAAGCAGCAGCAGCAGCAGCAGAAGCAGCAGCAGCAGCAGAAGCAGCAGCAGCAGAAGCAGCAGCAGCAGAAGCAGCAGAAGGCGGAUCUACGAACCUUCCGGCCUUCUGGUGGGCUGCUGCUGCGGGGGGCCCCCCGCAGCAGCAGCAAAGGCGAAGAGGAGACAGAGAGAAGGAAGCGGGUAGAGUUUGUGCCUCCUGAGGCGCAUGCACGCAGCAGCAGCAGCAGCAGCAGCAGGGGGGUGUCUCCAAGUUCGUGCUUGCUGAGUAGAAGCCUAGUGAGAGCCCCUGCAACUCGGCUUGAAAUGAACGCGAUGCAGCAGAGCGGCGGCAGCAGCAGCAGCAGCAGCAGCAGCAGCUGUCUCCGCCGGCCUUCUUUAAAUAUGCAUGACGGCGCCGUCCUCAGCAAAGAGAGACACCUCCUCUUUACUGCGGCGCCAAUCGCUCUUCAUGUGAGACAGGCCCACGCCGACACCCGUACCCUCGAGGGCCCCCAAGGGCCCCACGGUCCCCAGGGGCCCCAGGGGCCCCACGGGCUCCAGGGGCCCCAUGGGCCCCAAGGGCCCCAGGGGCCCCACGGGGCCCACGGGGCCUACGGGGCCUACGGGGCCUACGGAGCCUACGGGGCCCACGGGGGCCCCUUUGGGGGCCCUCUUGGGGGCCCCCCGGGGGCCCAUGGGGGGCCCCUCAGGAGGCCCCCUAGUCUCGUUAUUUCUCGUUUAAAAGCCAUCUCACUGUUACCUCCUAAGGCAGGGGGCGCCUAUCGCAGCAAAGCCGGGCCCCCAGAUAAGAAGAAGGGGGCCCCCGGUGAUAUUCUGUCUCUUUCUUCGUCUCUCACAAGGCCUCCAGCUGCCUAUACACCUGAAGAUAAAGAUGCAGCAGCAAAAGCAGCGGCUGAGCACACGUCAACGCCAAUCUCAAUGCCUUUGCCCGCCCUGCAGCGACAGCAGCAGCAGCAGCAGCAGCAGCAAAAGGGACAGCAGCAGAGCUUGCGGUCGUGUUUGCUGCUGGGUCAUGCAUCUGGAUAUGAUGCUUCUCCUGCUGCUAUUCCUGCGGCCCAGGGUGCUGCCGCUGAUGCUGCUGCUGCUGCUGCAUCCAAGGCAGCAGCAGCAGCUUCUCUUGAAGGGGGUGUGGGGCUCACCCCCGGUAAGGGCCCUGCAGGUGCCUUUCCUAAUAUAGAAUCCGCUGUAGCCAAAGAGGAAGAGCAGCAGCAGCAGUAUCGGCAACAGCAGCUGCAGCUGCAGCAGCAACGGCUGCAGCAACAGCAGCAGCAACAGCAACAGCAGCAACAGCUGCAGCAGCAGGAGCAGCAACAGCAGCAGCAACAGCAGCAGCAGGAACAGCAGCAGCAGCUGCAGCUGCAGCUGGUGCAGCAAGAGCAGCAAAAGCUGCAGCAUCUGCAGAUGCAGCAAGAGCUGCAGCGGCAGCAACAGGAGCAACAGCAGCAGCAACAGCAGCAACAGCAGCAGCAGCAGCAGCAGCAGCAGCAGCAAAUAGAGUGGAAGGCAUCUUUCUCGAAGGAGCAAGGGGGCGUCUCCAAGACAGCAGCUGUUGAACGAAAGGAGACAGGGGGGCCUCCCAAAGAGCAGCAAGGAGACAGAGAGACAGAAGGUAGGCAGCUGUCUGCUGUGGGUACACUCGAAUUAAAGACAAAGACAGAGGCCCCUCAAUUGAAUAAGGAGACAGCAGCGAAGGGCCCCCCUGAUGCACGCCCUUCUUUAAAAGAGAGAACAAAGUCUAAGGAAGCAGCAAAGCAAACAACUUCGCUGCGCCGGGAGGCCGUUGAUGGGGGCUGCGUGGUGAUGUACAUAUCUCAUAUAAAGGAUUUGAAGGGCGGAGGCACGGAGCCUCGCACUUUCCAAGUUGUGCUGCAUUCAUCGAAUGAAGACCCCAUCGCUCUUGCUCGUGCAGGCAUCGGCUUAGUAUCGGAGUGUCAUUCCACCCGCCUCGAACCCAAAGGGCAACCACCGCGAGUUUGCAACUUUGAAGAGGAGCUGUGGAUAUCUCACGAAGACGAGCAAAGAGGCAUUCACCUCAGCAUAUUAGAAAAAACAAAAGACGACAAAUAUAAAAUCUUCGCAACGUCAGGAGUCUUGCCUCUUCAAACUGUCUCU